CACCGGGCCGUGGUGGUGAGGUUUGGAAGAGGUUUGGGAGAGGCUGUGCUCUCCAGCUGUUGGGCGAGAGACUUGCGGCUUGAUCUUGGGCUGUCAUGGGGAAAGUGAAUGUGGCCAAGUUACGUUACAUGAGCCGAGAUGACUUCAGGGUUCUGACCGCGGUUGAAAUGGGCAUGAAGAACCAUGAAAUAGUUCCCUGCAGUUUGGUUGCUUCUAUAGCCAGCCUUAAACAUGGUGGCUGUAAUAAAGUUUUAAGGGAAUUAGUGAAACAUAAACUCAUAGCUUGGGAGCGUACCAAAACUGUCCAGGGCUAUCGGUUGACAAAUGCAGGCUAUGAUUACCUAGCUUUGAAAACACUUUCUUCUAGACAGGUAGUUGAGUCUGUUGGAAACCAGAUAGGUGUUGGCAAAGAAUCUGAUAUUUACGUUGUUGCAAAUGAAGAAGGGCAGCAAUUUGCAUUAAAGCUUCAUAGGCUGGGAAGAACCUCCUUUCGAAAUCUGAAAAACAAGCGUGAUUAUCAUAAACACAGGCAUAACAUGUCCUGGCUGUAUUUAUCUCGUCUCUCUGCCAUGAAAGAAUUUGCUUAUAUGAAGGCAUAUUUAGUCGUUAUUAAUGCUUUUCAUACUUUCAGAUGUCAGAUACACCAUGUUGAAGACCCUGCAUCAGUAUAUGAUGAAGCUAUGAACCUAAUUGUCAAACUUGCAAAUCAUGGACUGAUUCAUGGAGAUUUCAAUGAAUUCAAUCUGAUUUUGGAUAAAGAUGACCACAUCACCAUGAUUGAUUUUCCACAGAUGGUUUCAACUUCUCAUCACAAUGCUGAAUGGUAUUUUGACAGAGAUGUUAAAUGCAUUAGAGAUUUCUUCAUGAAACGUUUCAGCUAUGAAAGUGAGCUUUACCCAACCUUUAGUGAUAUCAGGAGGGAGGACUCUCUUGAUAGAGAGGUUUCUGCCAGCGGCUACACAAAGGAAAUGCAGGCAGAUGAUGAAUUGCUUCAUCCAUUAGGUCCAGAUGAUAAAGAUAGUGAAACAGAGGGUGGAUCUGAAUUCUCACAUUCUGAUGAAGAGUUGUCAGAAAAAGCAAAGGUUCGUAAAUCAAAAAAUCACAGUGAUCACAAUUCUACAGAUGAAUCAGCCGACUGCUGUUGCAUAUCAUCUGGAGACCUUGAACAAAUGAAGGAAGAUGAUUCGUCAGAGGAGAGUGCUGGUGCACACAAUUUUGAAUUACCUGAAUUCAGUCAAGCUUUAGAAGAAAUAAAAGGGCAAGUUAUUGACAACAGUUCUGUAACUGAAUGUUCUGAGGAGACGAACAAAAUUGGAAAAGACAGGAAGCAAAAUCGUAGAACAGGUCCAGGGGGAGUCCCCGCGGGCUGUGAAGACCGUGAAGAUGCAUGCCCUCAUCUGAUUGCUUUGGCGUCAGCAAGCAAAGAAGUUGGGUCUUUCAGAGAUGAAGAAAAUAUGGAAGAUAUUAAACAGUACAGAACAAGAACUCUGAGUGUUACCUCUGUGGGCAGUGUGUUAAGCUGUUCAACAAUUCCUCCGGAAUUGGUGAAACAGAAAGUCAAACGUCAGUUGACAAAACAACAAAAAUCAGCUGUCAGACGUCGAUUACAGAAAGGAGAAGCAAAUAUAUUUACAAAACAACGGAGAGAAAACAUGCAAAAUAUUAAAUCAAGCUUGGAAGCAGCUAACUUUUGGGGGGAAUAAUAUAUUUAAUAUCGUGGAUGUUUUCCAGAACAUUACUAUGAUCUCCUGUUAAGGCACCUUUAGUCUUUUCUAGACCAAGGCAGAUAUAUAAAUAGAAAAAUAAACUCUCUUCAUAUAUAAUUUGACUCA